GGAGGGAGGCGGCGGGAGGAGGAGCAGGACGGCUCUCGCCGCCGUGCAGCCGCCGUGCAGCCGCAGCCAGCCGGGGCCGGGGCGGCCGCAUGUGCGAAGUGGGGACGCGGCCGCCGCUGGCCGCCGAGCGCGGGGAGCCGCCCGGGGGUGCCGCCGCCGCCGCCGAGAGGUGCCGAGACAUGGGAGAACAGCCCAUCUUCACCACCAGAGCCCAUGUCUUCCAAAUUGACCCCAGCACGAAGAAGAACUGGGUUCCUGCAAGCAAGCAGGCUGUCACUGUCUCCUACUUCUAUGACAGCACGAGGAACAGCUAUCGGAUUAUCAGCGUGGAUGGAGCCAAGGUGAUCAUAAACAGCACCAUCACCCCCAACAUGACCUUCACCAAGACAUCACAGAAGUUUGGGCAGUGGGCAGACAGCAGAGCCAACACCGUGUUUGGGCUGGGCUUCCCCUCUGAGCAGCAGCUGACAAAGUUUGCAGAGAAGUUCCAAGAAGUAAAAGAAGCUGCCAAACUUGCAAGAGACAGAUCUCAAGAGAAAAUUGAAACCUCAAGCAAUCAUUCACAGACCAGCUUUGCAGCCAAGAUGAAAAGGGAGAUGCAGGAGACACCCAGUGUUGGUUUGUGUGUUGUGCUGCAGGAGUCUGGACGUGAAACACCCUCUUCCACCCGAGCUUCAAGUGUGAACGGCACAGACGACGAGAAGGCGUCGCACGGUGGCCCUGCUGAGGCACAUCUCAAAUCUGAGAAUGAUAAAUUAAAAUUUGCUCUAGCCCAAAGUUCAUCCAACGUGAAGAAGUGGGAGACGGAGAUGCAGUCGCUGCGGGAGAGCAAUGCGCGGCUGUCCACGGCCCUGCAGGAGUCUGCAGCCAGCAUCGAGCACUGGAAGAAGCAAUUCUCAGCCUGCAAGGAGGAGAAUGACCAGCUGAGGGGCAAGAUUGAAGAACUAGAGGAACAGUGCAAUGAAAUAAAUAAAGAGAAGGAAAGAAAUGCACAGUUGAGUAGACGUCUCCAGGAACUGGAAACAGAGCUUCAGGACAAAGAGCUGGAACUGGAAGAGCUCCGAAAGCAGGGUGAAAUUAUACCAGAGCUAAUGUCAGAAUGUGAAUCUGUAUCUGAACAAUUACAGGCUGCUGAGAAGAAGAACAAAGAUCUUGAAGAGAAAGUCAGAACGCUAAGGACAGAAGUCGAAGAGAACAAACACAGGCAGACCAACCUUAAAACUGAAUUAAAGAAUUUUUUAGAUGUACUAGACGGGAAGAUAGAUGAAUUACAUGAUUUCCGACAAGGACUGUCUAAACUUGGGGUUGACAAUUAGAUGGCAAUAGAUCUUUUUUGUAAUCUAGGGUCUGGAUGUUUGAUGUUUUGUUGAUCCCAAACGUGUGUUUUACAAAAUAUAACUAGAAUGUUCCACUUGUUUGCAUUGGUUUUGUACAUAGAGGCUGAAAAUUUGCUGUGGGGUUUUUUUGGUGGGUUUCUUUUUUUUUGUUUGUUUAUUUACCAAACCAAUCAUGCUGCUCACUGAAUUCUGUUGAGAUUAGAAACUUUCUAUAUUGCUGCUGUGGCUUUGUGGGGUUGGGAACAGGUAGAGGGUUCUGUCUCAGGAAUCUGGAACUAGAUCUACCUUAAAAUGAAUAUGCAGUUAGUUGUUGCAGGGAAAUUUAUAUCUUUCUUAAGGGCUGUUGCAACCAUAGAAACAGAAAAUAAGUCUUUUUCUUGUCUGGGCUAUCAGCACUCUUAGCAGAAUUGACUUUAUUCCAGGGUGGAGCAGAGAGAUUAGCUGGAGCCCCUGCAGUUUGUAAAAUGUGCCUGUGAUGAGCUGCAGUCAGGAGAAUCACUUCUCACAGAUACCAGGAUCUUUAGGGACCAUGUCAAUCAGGCCCAAUUCAGCCAAAAAAAAAUGCAGUGGAUUUCAGAUAAC